AUGCUCUCCCGUACUGCCCGCUCCCUGCGCAGGGUGCCCAUAUCUGCCCGUCCCACCGCUCGCUGUUUCUCCUCCCGCGACCUCAUCCCAGACGAGCCCGCCGGUCCUCGCGUCGUCACUGACACCGUCCCGGGACCCAAGGGCAUUGCUGCUUCCAAGGCAAUCAACACAUUCCAAGAUCCUCGUACACAUGUCGUUGUACCAAACUACGAGCUGUCCAAGGGCAACUAUCUCGUCGACGCCGACGGCAACGUCCUCCUCGAUGUCUUUGCGCAGAUCUCCUCCAUCGGCUUGGGGUACAAUGUACCAGCCCUGCUUGAGCUUGGGCGAUCUGACGAGUUUGUAAAGGCCGCCUUGAACCGACCUGCUAUCGGCUCGUUUCCUCCUGUCCAAUGGGCAGACUGGAUCAAGACUGGUCUGCUGACUGUCGCUCCCAAAGGAUUGGACCAGCUCGUCACGACGCUCUGUGGUAGUAGCGCGAAUGAGACGGCGUUCAAAUGCGCUUUCAUGGCGUACCGGCAGAGGGAGCGAGGUGGUAGUGAUGUCCCAUUCAGCAAAGAAGACAUGGAAUCUUGCAUGCACAACCACUCUCCCGGCAGUCCUGACCUCACCGUGCUCUCAUUCAAGUCUGGCUUCCACGGUCGAUUGUUUGGAAGUCUCAGCGCCACACGAAGCAAAGCUAUCCACAAGAUCGAUAUCCCUGCCUUUGACUGGCCGAGCGCCUCAUUCCCGUCCCUCAAAUACCCCCUUGAAGACCACGUAGCCGAAAACGAGGCUGAAGAGAAGAGGUGUCUGGAAGAGUACGAGGAGAUUUUGACCAGCAGUGAAACCCACUCCCCCGUCGCUGCCGUUAUCAUCGAACCCAUCCUGUCCGAGGGCGGCGACAAGCACGCCUCCCCUGAAUUCUUCCGUUCCCUCCGUCUGAUCGCCAAGAAGCACGGCGCCUUCUUCAUUGUGGAUGAAGUGCAAACUGGCGUGGGCGCCACGGGCACUUUCUGGGCGCACGAAAAGUGGGGGCUGAAGGAAGGCGAAGAGCCUGAUUUUGUCACUUUUUCGAAAAAGAUGCAGGCUGCGGGUGUGUACCACAAGAAGGAGACUAGGCCGAAUGCCCCUUACCGAAACUACAACACCUGGAUGGGUGAUCCCAUCCGAGCUCUUCAAGCCCGCAAGAUGAUCCAACUCAUUGGGGAGAACAACCUCGUCUCCCACACAGCCACUACCGGUUCCGUCCUCGCCGCCUCCCUUUCUCAAGUAUUCUCCUCCAGCGCCGCAACAGGCAAGGUUGCCAACUUUAGGGGCCAAGGUGAAGGGACGUACCUCGCCUGGGAUAUGGCCUCGCCCGAGAUGAGAGACGCGUUCGUGGGAAAGAUGAGGAAGGCGGGUGUUCAGAUUGGAGGGUGCGGAGAGCAGACGGUGAGGCUCAGGCCCAUGUUGACGUUUGGGGAGGAACACGUCGAGAUACUGGCCGAGACGGUGCAGCGGGUGUUGAAAGACUUGUAG